AUGUGGAAGGGCUCAUUGCAAUUGCGGGUGCCGGUAGUAGGAGCCGAGUCCAACCUUCCCGCGAGCGGGCCUGAGAACGCGAGCCCCACCGCUGCGGCGGCGCGUAGCCCGGCCGGGCGCGGCAGCGACCGCGACCGGGCGGAGCCUCCGCUCAGCCGCGGCCCGUGCGCGCGAGCUGUGAUAGUUACGCCGCGUGAAGUAAAUGAAAAUAAUGGUCAGUAUCUUGAUUGCUGAUGGACAUUAGCAGUGC